AGAUUCCUCAUCGUUGGAGACAUCUCCGAACCAUUCCCCGUCAUGGGUAUCAGUGCCAGUGAAACUGCAUUCCUGCCCGGAGUGCAGCUAUAUGACCAAAAAAAAGGCAGAUAUCACGAGGCAUCUUCGCACCCACACAGGCGAGCAGCCAUUCCGGUGCCACUUGUGUCCAGCUGCAUUUCCUGAGAACUGCAAGCUGGUGACUCAUUUGCGCACCCACACUGGAGAACGUCCCUAUUCUUGUAUUCACUGCAAUGCAUCCUUUUCAGUCAGCGGGGCCCUCAAGACCCACAUGCGCACUCACACAGGAGAGCGUCCCUAUUCCUGUGAUCAAUGCAAUGCAUCCUUUAUACUCAGUGGGUCCCUCAAAAGUCACAUGCGCACUCAUACGGGGGAGCGUCCCUUUUCAUGUGACCAAUGCCAUGCGUCGUUUUCGCAGAGGCCACAUCUUGUUAACCACAUGCGCACCCACUCAGAAGAGCGUCCCUUUUCUUGUGACCAAUGCAGUGCAUCCUUUCGUCAUAAAACCACACUCGCUCAGCACAUGACAAUGCAUUCCGAAGAGCGGCCGUUCUCCUGUGUCUUGUGCCCUGCAUCAUUUACGCGGAAAAACAAGCUCAGAGAUCACAUGCUUCGUUGCCAUGAAAAUAAGAUGACUUGA